CCAACCGUGCCACUGAUGAUUCAUGAACCCUUCUGUACCGCCGGGCCCCUUCUCUGAAUCUCUCUCUCUGGGACUCGAGCCACAGCAAACAGACGGCAGCCAUGUCGGCCAUAUCUAGAGGCCUGAUAUCUCAUCUCCGCCUCCCCAAUCCAACGAAAAGUACCCAAGCGCCGUAUCAAUUCUGCUUCCUGUUGAGGAGGUUCGGGACGGCCGACGCCCUGGUGGAUGACGCCCCCGAGACCGGCCAAGAAAAUAUUCUUCGGGCGAUGACCCCGAACUCGAAGCGGACAGGUGUUAUUGCCGUCAAGUGUGGAAUGACCGCUCUCUGGGAUAAAUGGGGUGCGAGGGUUCCCAUCACCGUCCUCUGGGUCGACGAUAACAUCGUCUCUCAGGUCAAGACCGUUGAAAAGGAGGGUAUCACUGCCCUACAGAUUGGUUGCGGUCAGAAGAAGGCAAAGCAUUUGACGAAACCUGAAGUGGGUCAUUUUAGAGCUCAAGGUGUUCCACUGAAGAGGAAAUUGAGGGAGUUUCCUGUGACUGAAGAUGCACUUCUCCCUGUUGGUACGUCAAUUGGGGUUCGCCAUUUUGUUCCUGGCCAGUAUGUGGAUGUCACGGGAAUCUCAAGAGGGAAAGGUUUCCAGGGUGUGAUGAAAAGGCAUGGCUUUAGUGGAAUGCCAGCAUCUCAUGGUGCAUCACUGUCACACCGAAGUCUUGGUUCUACAGGUCAGAGGGAUGCUCCUGGAAAGGUAUUUAAAGGCAAAAAAAUGCCUGGGCGCAUGGGUGGGAAGCAGAUAACAGUUAAAAACGUAUGGGUCUACAAAAUUAUGCCCGCAAGGAAUCUGAUGUGGGUAAAAGGCCAAGUCCCUGGUGCCGAAGGGAACUUUGUGUUUGUAAAAGAUGCUUUCUACAAGAAACCUGACAUUUCAAUGCUUCCAUUUCCCACUUACAUCGCUGCAGAAGAUGAGGACACAUCAGAGUUGGAACCACUAGUCGCUGAUCUUGGCGAGGUAGACCCGUUUAUGGUGGCAGAUUAAUCUGGAGCAGACUUGAAUAACCAUGAGAACUGACUGCUUAUUUGCACGAUCUAUUAUACCUUUUGCCUUUCCUGUCAUUCUUUUGGCUAUACGAAUUGGCAGGUUCAUGUUCUAAGAACCAUCCGAGGAUUUUGAUUUUCAAGUUAUUUUACUUAGGAAAGAAGGAUUGAUUGCAGCUCUAAGGCAUGUAAUUUUAUUGUUAAAGCUUAUUCAAUCUUGGGAUUGUGUUUUUGGUAUAAUAGUGAUAAAAAUUUAGAAUA